AUGCUUGCUCUCCGAGUGCUCUAUUUGAGGAGGGAGUAUUCACCGGCAUUUCUCGCGGCGCUGGCCCCGCUUUCGCCCGUGCUCGUGGGGUUCGCAUAUGGAUCCAGUGGAGGGAAUGUAGACGGACAAGUCGCUAUCUUCUUCCUCGGCUACCAGAUCCAGCUCCCGCUCUCGGGGUUUGGAAGCCCGCGCUGCGGUUCUCUCUCCCCCACCCUUAGAGCUAGCCGCUCUAAAUGCACCAGAGGCCAGUCUCUUCGGAUUUCCCCACCCCGCCCUUUGAUUAAUAUUCUUUUGAAGAUUCUUCGUUGUCAAGCCGCCAAAGUGGAGAGUGUGAUUGCAGAAGGGGGUGCUUCUCGUUUCAGUGCUUCUUCGGGCGGAGGAGGAGGUAGGGGUGCAUCUCAGCACUUUCCCAAGACUGUCGGCAACAGCGAGUACCUGGGGAAAACCCCAGGGCCUAGCGUUCAGAGAUGGGUUCCUUCACGAAGCACUAGACGAGAUGUCAACACCUCCAAUGAAAAAGAACAUCACGAUGCAAUAUUUAGGAAAGUGAGAGGCAUACUUAAUAAGCUGACCCCUGAAAAGGACUGUCGGCAACAGGUAUGGUUUGUUAAGGUCAAGAACAAUCUAGCUUUCAUACUUAAUAAGCUGACCCCUGAAAAAUUUGACAAGCUAUGCCUUGAGCUUCUCAAUGUUGGUGUAGACUCUAAACUUGUCCUCAAAGGUAUCAUCUUGCUGAUCGUAGACAAAGCCCUAGAAGAGCCCAAAUACAGCUCGCUCUAUGCUCAGCUAUGUCUGCGUUUGGCAGAGGAUGCACCAAAAUUUGAUGGCCAAACACCUGAAAUACAGUCAUCACAAAAGCAGAGCACAGUGAGUACCUGA